ACUUUCUCAUGCGUAACAAUACAUGACGUCAUAUCAGCGGUUUCGUUCUGAAAUUCGAAAAGUCAACAGUGCUGAUUUGGAAGAUUUAGGCAGCUCGGUAUUUCUGUUCAAUCAGAUUUAGUUGGCCGGCUAAAAUGGACGAUUUAAAUGACCAACGUCGACUUAACUUCGUUUCCAAUACGACAAGUGCAACGUCGCUGUAUAGAGAAAAUAUGGAGUCUGGUGAAGAACCUUUGCUGGGGCGACUACAGCAACAGCUUAAAGCGAUUCGCAAUGAGAAUCAUGAGAUGGUGCAGCAGACUUCUCAUUUUCGAAGAAAAAUUCAUCAAUUGGAAGAAGAAAAACUUACGCUGACUGAAAAGUUAAACUCUGACACCACUGAUCUCAAGUCAGUUAUUGCCCGUCUGGAAUCUGAGGUUGAAAAAGGAGAAGCAACGAGACAAAGUGUGGAAUAUGAACUUACCGUGACCAAGAAAAGGGCAAAAGAUGUAUUAAGAAAUGUGAGCAAAAAGGAAUCGGUCACAUCAAGGGAGAAUAUGCUUCUUAGUGAUCAAAAGUCAAGUCUUGAGUUAAAGGUAGAGGAAAUGGAGGUGGCAUUAGAACUUGCACAUAAAGUAACUGCAGACAAUGAAAAAACAAUCGCCUUUUUAGAGGAAGACAAGAAACAAAUCCAUUCGGAUGCAAUGGCAGCUGAAGCAAUAUUGAGGUCAGAAAAUGAGAAGACCGUGGAAAAACUGGAGGAGGUUACAAUAGAUCGUGAUUCGAUUCUUCAGAGAUUAGAGGAUUCAAAAUCUUCUUUGAUCAAACAAGAGGAAGACUUAAGAAAGGCGGUAACGGAACUUCAAAUUUCAAUGGAAAGAGAGCAGCACCUUCGUCAUGAUUUGGAUGAUUGCACACGUCGUGCUCGAGCACUUGAGGAGUGCGUUGAAGCAGAACGCGCAGCUCACCUGGAAUCAAAGUUCAAUUCUGAGAUUAUUCAGCUGAAACAGCAAGAGUUCCAGUCACAGUUAGCAGCGGAGAGAGAAGUUUGUGAUGUUUUGAAACACGAGGCUGAAGAUGCGAAUGCCAAGGCUGAUGAACUGCAACGAGAACUUGAGUUUCACAAAAAAGAAGCGAAAAAUGCAAACGAAAAGCUGGAGAAAUCUGUACAAGUAUAUGCUGACAUCCGGAAGCAACUGGAUGCCGAACUUGCCGAGAAGACGAAGAUCAUCGAAGAGAUGUCCGGACAGCUUGAGAGUCAUCAAUCCAACCUCGAUCAGUUGAAACAGGAGCUCGGAAAAGCGAGGAAAAGACAGAUAUUCCUUGAUGAAACUUAUGGGGGCAAUGUAAGAGAGAUGGAAUUACUGCUGGAAAACUUUGGUCUUCAAACUGAACCUCGUGCAUCUUCUGGGAAAUCAAAAGGCAGCAAAGAUCCGAAAAUUGUGUUGGAACGAAUGAAAAACACUUUGUUUGGUUACCAGAAGCAAGUUGCUGAUUUACAAGAUAAAGUAAAGAAUCUUACUUCAGUUGAGAAACAGGCACAAAAAGAUUGUUCAAACUUCCGUGACUUGGCUGUAACAAGAGAAAAAGAACUACAGCAAACUCAGAAAGAACUAAACGAAUGUGAGAAGGAAUUGGUCAGCAUUCGAACACAGCAAGCAGAAUAUGAACGAGAGGUCAAGAGGUCAAGUGAUGACCUCAUCAGUAUGACCUCUGAACUUGAACAGCAAAGACAAAGAUGUCUUCAAUUGGAAACUAACGUUGGUUCCAUUCAAGACAGAUAUAGUAACGAGACCGACAUCCAUGUUGGCUUCCUAAGAGAGUUGCUACAUGUUAUUUGCAACUCAAAUGGGGAAACUAACACAUUGACUAAAUUUACCUGGCUUGAUGCUUCACUUCAUGUAAGAGACGGUCUCGAUUCACUCAUUUCGAAGUUUAAUCGAUGCAAUGAACAGUGCAAGACUUUGGAGUCUUCUUGCUCCGAGAUGCAGAGAUCGAUCGGAGAGCUUCAGAAAGCUCACGAGUCCUCCGUGGAUCGACUUGCGGAGCGAUGCAGGGAGAGAGAGGAGGAAGCAGGAAGACAGAGGAAACAACUCGAGCAACAUUAUGAAGCUCUUCUUGCUGAGAUGAAUGGGAGGACAAAGAAAACUCAGAGUUUAUGUGAUGAAGCAUGGGGAAGAGUUCGAGCAAAUGAAGGAAUGCACGAAGGAUUACAAGCAGAAUGCGCUCAGCUACGUGGCGAAAACUCUAAUAUGGUCCAGGAGCGCAGUGCCCUUGUAAGCGCAUGUGUGUUGUUGUUGGGAGCCGUGUAUCCUCUCAUUCGAGCAAGAGAUGAUUUAUCCUUACAGUGUUCUCUAUUAACUAAGACCAACAAUAAUGCUGAGAUUUGUAAACAACAGAUGAGAAUGUUGGUUGAAACUUUAUCGGAAGAAAUAGAUGGGGAAAAUAAUAAGAGAAUCACCUCUGUUGAUUCAUUUAAGUUUAUUCAUCCAUUGAUUAGGUUUAGGGUUGCUGUAGUAGCUGUUAUCGCAGCGAAUCGACUCAAAUACUUUGGCACACAUGCUAAUGUGUCUAUUUUUACAUGCAAUGACACAGCGAUUAGUAACUGUAGGGUUAUGGUGGUGGCCGGACAGGGUCCAAAUAUAAACAUUAAAUGCAAGUCGGAUGAACCGACAGUAACCUCACAGUCAGACGUGGUUGCUGAUUGGUUGACAAGCAGUCACCUGAUCCACAACAUACGGGAUUCUACAUGCGGAUUGGUCGAUGCACUCAAAAAGAAUCGGGGCGACAAAUCAGGUUAUAUGUCGAGAGCUUUACUAAAAACGGCGCAAAAUUCUUUCAUUAAAUUGAUGGAGACGACCCAGCCCUCUUUCCCUCAUUAUAUUUGUGAACCAGCACUUAUAAGAGAUAGGAAUUGUUUAUGCCGGAUGUUGGCUGGAGGACUUGAGAAGAUUCUUCGGCGAUCCUCACUUAGAGAGGCAGUGAACCUCUUCUCGGUUGAGCACUCUUUUUCGGCUCUCCAACGCCAUCUACUGGGAUUCACAGAGCGUCUUCACUCCGGAGAACUCGAGAAGCGAAAUCUCCGCAACGAGCAAGGGAAGCUACGAUCAAAAAUUGAAAAACUCAAAACUUACAAAAGUGAAGUGGAAAAGCAAUCGGAUGAAAUUCAAGGUUUUAAGGACAGAGAACGAGCAUUAGUUGCUCGAUCAAGGUUUGAUGGCGUCUGCGCUGAGCUCAAUGCUGCCCUCGAGAGGGAGAAAAGAGCGCAGAAACUUCUUCAUGAACAGAAUUCGAAACUUCAGGAAUUGAGUGGGAAGUUAGAAGAGACAACUACCGACCAUGCAGAGAAGGACAUGACACUUAACCAAGCCAUAACUGGCUUGACCGAGGUAAAAAUGGAUUUAAAAAGAAGUAAUCAAACGAAACGUGAACUUGAGAAACAGGUCGGGCAUCUUCAGCAUGAACGUGAUCGACUUAACUCAACAAUACAAGAAGCGAAAACUGCUUUAAAGAAAGCUGCUGGGGAAAAAUCUUCCAUAGAGAAAUAUUUUGUAUCUGUGGAAAAAACUCUGCAGAGCGCAGAUGACGUUGAACUUGCAAAUAAGCUACGAAACCAUGGAAGCAAUCUUUCAAAUCGAGCAGGAAUAAAAGCAGCGCAGCGUGCAGUUGAGACGUUUGUUCGUGCUCAGUCAACCGCGGUGUCACGCAUCAGUAAUUUAGAGUCGCAGAUCACUUCGUACAGGUCGCACAUCGCUGCACUCAAGCGAGAACUCAUGGAUGCAUGUCAUCGAGAAAGUUGUGACAUCACUUUAAACGAAGAUAUUCCUACACGAGAAAAAUUCUACUCCCACCAAGACCCAUUGUUGACUUCAUCAACUCCAAUGGAGAGUUUCAAACCACUUAAAGGGGAACUGGUUGAUGAAAGUUCAUUUGAGCAAUUAAAAAGUGAACAGAGAGACAGAAACAGAUCCUCUGCCAUCAAGGACCUCACAAAUACUUAUCUGAAUUCGUCGCAACUGUAGAUUUUUAUGUAAACUGGAUAGCAGUAGACGUAUAUUUUUGGGUAGAGGCCUUAGUUCAAAUGUUAGAUGGUCUAACACUGUGGAAAUUUAUUAAACAUGUUUUAUAGUACA